AUGAGAGUCGAGGCAAAAAAAUUCAAAGGAGAAAAUAUGAUGCUGGCACUGGACCUGAUUGAAUACGACCCACUAUACACAAAGGUUUUCGAACUUGUUUUCGGCGGAAUUCUUAUAUGCGAUUCUAUCCACUGCGCAAAAGAAGUGGUCUAUGACAGUCAGGUGAAAUUACGAGCAGUGACAGCUCGAGGAGAUGACUUGAAACCGACAGGAACGAUGAGUGGAGGAGCGCCCGAUAGACGAGGACCAAUUCUUCUGGACCUCAUCGACUAUACCACAUUCAAAUCGGAAAUUGCAUGGAAAGAGGCUGAAGUAGCAAAGCUUGGAAAAGAAGUAGCGAAAUACGAUAAAGUUCGCGGAAGAUACUCGGAACUAAAGGACAAACUCGAACGUGCCUCAGCUCGACUCGAAGCGCUACGAGAGUCCUUCAAGGAUGGCCCUCUACAGCAAUUGAGUGACGAGAUAAAAAUGCUUGAGAAGGUACUGCCUUCUUUCUUUUAA